AGACACCGCCAACCCGCCUCCAAAACCCCUCUCUCGCGGCGCAAAUUCCCAGUCCCUAGACCAACCCCCCUACCACGGCCACGCAUUACGGAUGCCCACUACUAUCAAAAGAACUCCCAGAAGGCCCCGGAUAACCUGGAGCACCGGUACGCUCCCAAAGUACAAAUGCGCGUUCAACAGCAGCGAGAGCGCCAAAACUACCCCAACAACCUGCGCAACCGUGACGUGAACAGCCACAAAGCCCUCGAAAUCCUCCUCCGCCUCCUCCUCCACGCGGGCCUGCUCCUCCACAUCCAGGUACAGCCGCAGCGUCCUCCCAAUCCGCUCCAACGUUUCGCUGGCAGUCAUACCAUUCAUGACGCCAUGGCCGACGGCAAGGUGCACACGCAGGUCGAUAGUGUCCUGCAGGCUCGCCGCGACGGGCUCCAGGUCCUCGAAGUCGCCGGCGGGGUCGCGUGCCAUGUGGCGGAAGGAGCGGUUCUCGGCUUGGGUGAGGAUGGUGAUGAUGAGGGCGUGCAGGUCGGAGAUUGUGCCCGUGGCGGUCUGGUUCUCGACGUCGCGGGAGACGGUGGCGUACACGGGGUAGGUGCGCUUGAGCUCGGCGAGGCGUUGUUGGACCAUGAAGGCCACCGUGUCGUUCUGCGGCUCGGAGGCGGCGGGGGACGGGGUGCGGGUGGUGUAGGACAU